AUGGCAGAUGAACCAGCCCCAAAGCGUGCUAAGUCAAGAAAUAGCAGGGUCUCCUCUGGUGAUGAGCUCCCACCACCGCCUGGUAGUAGUUCCCGUACGGGACUUGCGUGUGAGGCUUGCAGGCUGAGGAAGACUCGCUGCGUCGGCUUUCCCACCUGCACCUGGUGCCAGCACCGUCGCCAAUCUUGCAUACGCGGCCAGAAUAGCCAGAUGAGCCCAUUGGACGAUUGGGGCAAUCAGAUACUUAGUGCUAUAUCAAAGGUCAAAAAUGAAAUUCUCGAUGCAUCAAUCAGGCUCAACCAUACCUCGGUUACGCUGCCGGGCAGCGAACACGGCACUUGGCCUCAUACCCAUAGAGGCCAGGGAUGCUUCGCACCCAUGUCGAGUGCUGAGGACAUUCUACAGUGGGAUGUUUUACAAGCUCAGCUUCCGAGCUCAGCCCAAUCCCCCAUCAACGCCACGGACGCGUUCGAGCCUGACAGGUCCACCCACUCCAAGGCUAGUGCCGAUACGUCUUCUGCCAGACUCCGAGCUCUGCAGAAACGCUUCGAGACUCAGUUCCUGGCUCGGUAUCCCAUUAUCAGCAGACCUUGGCUUGCUCGCUGCGUCCGCGAUGUAGCAGAGAGAGACGGAGAUUGGAGUGCCGAAGCAUGUCUCGUCUUGUUGGUUUGUGCUAUCGCAUCCUUGUGCGACUGCUCUACCCACGAUGCCUUGACGCCUCAAACCACGUCCAUGAGUCCAGUAUCUGUUGCCUCAGGCUCAGGCUCAGGCAUGCCUACCUCGCGCCGCCUUGCGUAUCAGUAUUGGACCAUGGCAAAGCGGAGACUUGGCUGGGCCCUUGACGAGCCUGCGGGUCUGCUCGCCGCCCAAUGUCUGUGCCUGGCUGGGUUCUGGCAUCUGCUGAACUGUGCACCACGCAGGGCUCGCAACAUGUUUUAUCGUUCUAUUGAGAGUAUGAGGGAUAGGACAUUUUCAAGCUUGCCGGAUAAUGAGGGACAUCUGGCACGGUUCAUUCAUCUUCUCUGUACCGAUCUGCUCGAACGUUUGAAUAUUGAGUUGGAGCUUUCUCCACACGAUGGCCGAAAAGACCCCACUAACGAAACUUUUUCACUAUACUCGAAACCCAAUCUCCCUGCUGCUAUGAGCCUGCUUCACACCGAAGAUUCGGCCGGAGACCCAUCUUUCGAGCUCACAGACAAUCUACAGCAGUUGCACUCAAUUCGAAAAGAUAUCAACCGACUACUGACUUCCAUAUCUACAAUCUCCAACUGGCUUGAUCUGUAUUCGUUGCUUGGCCAAGCAACAGACUUGCGAUCGCGUCUGAACCAACUAACAGACCCAAGCAACAUCAUCUGGGGGCAAGUUUCAAGCUCGCCUGGACUUAGCCAGACAUUCGGCGUGACGAUUCUGAAAGAUGUAAGCGUGCAGAAAAAGGAGCUCACGGCACGCUUACUGCGCGUUUAUUUGUGCUUGAACCUGCACCUUUCGCCCCCCCUACUACAGAAGUUGGACUCUGGCGCCAAUCCCCCGCCUGUCCAGUCACCCCAACACAUCUUGACAGAGAUAGCAAGCCUUGCGGAUGAGUGCCUCUCGCUGACAGCUGAGUACCGCAUCCAGCAAUCCAGCAUGCCACAAUCUUGA